AACACGGCACAUUUUGACCAGUGAAACACGGCACAUUUUGACCAGUGAAACACGGCACAUUUAGGUGACAAUAAACAACUACAAUCGAUCCAGUCAGUCAGGGAGGGAGGCGUCCUCUAAAUGGCCGGAUUACCGUCUUGGAGUCAAUAAUCCACUUCACAAAAGGGGCGACAAUAAAAGACUCCAGACCCAGCAAUGUACGGCCCAAAAUGGCCACCCUGGGAUACCUCGGCUAGAUGAUGCCUUAAAAAUGUAGCCAAGUUUUUUUUACACUAGCCAUGAAGAAACAGAACUGAUCUUUAUUUAGGAAUUAACAUGGAAACUACGGAGCCAUAUUUCUUCCUUAAUUCCACAGUCGUGGAGACGUUUAUUCGACAGACGACAGCUCCACCAAAUGAAGUGUUUAUAGCACCGAGUUUCCCAACAUCCGGUGGCUCUCUCCAAAUCUAUAACGACACGUCCUCGUUCAACUCAAGCGAGACAACUUUUCUUGACGCGCGGCAUCCUGACCUGGCCACCCCAUCCGUCAAGCAGACGUCAACGCCAGCCCCGCCCACGCGGGUGUGGGACGCCCUUGAAUCUCUCAUCUCGUCUAAUCUUCCAUUUAAUCACGCCAGUCUCCACGGCUCUACAUCCCGGUCCAGAACUGACCAGUUCUCUGAUUCUUCCCCGGAUUAUUCCCUCCCUGAAGUGUCCAGUCUAAUAUCUGAUAAUGGCCAGAACUCCAGUCUCCUGGAGCUGGUCAGCUUGUCCCCCCCGGCCGCUGACCGCUUCAAUUGGACCUCCCCAGCCCGGGACCUCUUCAUGACUAAAACAUUCUUGUCAAACCUGACAGCGGACGAGAGCGAGAACGUGACCUUGACCUAUGAUCUGACCCCGCUGCUGACCCUGCUGACCUCCCCGACCCCCCAGGUCGUGGUGGACGAGAGCGCCAGUCACGUGUCCUGGGUCGACGUGGGUAAGGUGCUCGUGCUGACCCUCAUCUCCGUCUUGGGCUUUUUGGGCAAUGUCAAGGCCAUCUGGAGUGUCGUCAAGGAGCGCCACCUACACAGACCACCUUUCUACUUCCUGUUGAGUCUGGGAGUGACGGACUUGUCCAGGGCAGUCUUUUGUGUCCCCGUCGUCAUAGCAACCGUUCUACACGGAGCCAGAUGGAGCCACGGUGAGUCAGCCUGCAAGUUGUUCGCUUUCGCUACAUCGUUCUUCGUCUUCAGUUCGGCCCUGUCUCUCCUCGCCAUCGCCAUCGACCGCCACAUCUCUAUCGUCUACUCCAAGACCUAUCGUCGACGCUCGCUGGGCGUGGCCAACCUUGUCGCCGCCAUCGUCAUAUGGGUCAUCGCCUUCUCCGUGUCGUUCCCGCCCGUGGUGGGGGUGGGGGACUACGUGUUUAUUCCCGACGAGGCGCAGUGCGCCUACCAGCACAAACACUACUCACACAACGACUCCGUGGCUUCGGUCUUGGUCUUCCUCGUCAUUCUCUUCUUGACCUACUUUCUCUACUUCAGGAUCUUCCGGUUUCUGCGAGCCCAUCGGCGCAUGCGCCCCCUUCAGCACACCCCUGCCCGAAGUACGAGCUGGGCUUUUCUCGGCCCAGGGGCUAACGGCCAGGCGUUCAUUAACUGGCUAAACGGAUUCGGGGGUCAAGUGCCGGCCCGGCAUGGGGGUCAGAGAACAGUACAGAGACUCAACUUUGGGCGAGUGGUCAAUUUAUCGACUGCCAAAAAUGAGCACUUGACCAGGCUGUUCCUGGUGCUGACCCUGGUGUUCGGGGUGUCCUGGGCCCCAUACGUCAUACUCUCGCUGUGGAGGAUAUUCUUCGACACGACGUCACUUCCGUCUGCCUACGUCACAGCUGCCGCCUGGUUGGCGUACGGGCAGGUGGCCGUGUGUCCAAUCGUCUACUUCCUGUGUCGAGGUCACUCCAAGAAGGUCACACGGACGGUGUAUUCGCACGCCGAGAAGCGAGAAUUCCUGCUGGAAAAUAAAAUAGGAAAAUAAACAAUUCAUUAUCGUUAUCUAAGUAUUUAUUUAUGUAAAUACAUGUAUAAUAAUGAAGUUAUUAUGUAAAUUGAUCUUAUAGAUUAAUUAGUUUCGAUGAUUUGAUAAUUACAUAACGAGCGAUAAAUUAGAGAAAAUGUAGAUCUCAUUGGUGUGCAAGUUAAUGAUUAGCUCCACAGUUCGUCUUAGGCUGUGUUGUUGAGGACAAAUCGUGGACUGGAUUACAAAUU